UUAUCCAGGACAAAUUUAAUAAGCCAUUCCCCGGUACCCAGGAAGCUUUCCAAGCACAAUAGUCUGAGUAGUCGUGUAGACCUUGUCAUAUAUUUUGACAGUUAGUCAUAAGGCUGGUUUAGCAGUGCGGAUUUAUCUGCGGACACGUGUGGCGUUAGAAUAUCGUUUUACAGUGACCCGGAUUGCUCCGUACAGAACAUGCUCCGCGUGAACUUCGCACCAACCACCCGUGUGUUCAUUUUAGUCUGGCGUGGGGCCCAAUCCGCCAGCAUACCGCUAGUGCCAUCUCGCAUAGGUCACCCAAGAAUAAUAUCCCAGGAGACGGAGAUGAAGCCCGUGGUGCGGGAAGGGGUGCCGCCGCCGCUCUGCGCGGGGAGAUGCGCCUCACCCCCUGCGGGUCCUGUGUGUGCAUUCGACGCAACUGGCACAGCUAGAACAUUUGCUACGCUAUGUGAACUGGAAGCAGUAUCAUGCCGUGAAAGCACAUACUACGCAAUAACCAGCUUGGGCGAAUGUUGACCUGCCGCACAAUGUGAAUAAAUUACGUCAAUAUAACCAAAAAUGAUCCAAUUUGCAUACAUUUAACGUAUUUAUAUACCAUUAUUUUAUUAAAUGUUACGAUAUUAAGACGAAAAUAUUAUCAAUAGUAUUUCGUGAAGUAUUCGUUUUGGUAAAUGUCUAAAAAUUCUAAAUAUCUAAUUCAGUUUCUUUCUCUUUUCAAAGAAUUUGUUUUGUUUUAGAUUAGGUAAAUAUAUUGAUGUAGUGUUAAGUUUAUUUUAAUUUAUUGUACAAAGUACUAACAUUACGGUUUUAUGUCGUUAGCGAUCAAUAGUUUUACUAAAU